UAAACGCACCGUGGAUGGACUUCACUUCACCGACACACACGGACUAUAACCUGCUCAAUCUUUGGCACACUGUGGAUUUAAAAAGGGUGUUUCGAUUCAUUAUUCGACAGUUUUUUCAACCAUUUUGAAGACUUAAGGUGUGACCGAGUCCUUUCCUGUUCUGCAGCUUGUGGAUGAUCCAAAAUGACUUUUACUAAAUGGCCACUGGUCGGAGCUUAGUGCUGAUCCGUCGGAGAGCACUAUGAGAAGAUGACAACAAGCAGGAUUUAAUCCAGAAAGGAUUCCUCAUCUCUGUGCUAAGAGUCAACUAACUGAGUGUAAGGACCACUGGGAGUACAAGAAUCAAGUCAAGGACACGCUUACUCCCCCUCAGCCUGCAGGAAGAUGGGAGUGAGAGAAUAAAGCUCUGUGGAGUCAAGAGGAGCUUAAUGAAUUCUAAGGAAUCUUAAAAACAGAGGAUCAGGCAACCAUGUGGACACUAGCUGCGACUGUCCACUGUCUCCUGGCUGCUGCGAUGCUAUUGGCUAGCUGCCUCCAAUCGCUGAUGGCCACUGAGGACGACGUCACACCGCGCAUCAGUUUCUCCUACAAUGCAAAGGAGAGGUCGGCCAAGAGAUUCUCCGUGGACGGCGUUUUCAAUUACACCUCCCUGCUGCUCAGCCAGGAGGACGACAUGCUUUACGUCGGAGCGAGGGAGGCGCUGUUCGCCCUCAGCCUGUCGGACAUCAGCAAGGCCAAGCUGCAGAAGAACCUGACGUGGGGCACUCCUGCUGGAAAAAGAGAGGAGUGCAGCUUCAAAGGGAAGGACCUGGAGACUGAUUGCUUCAAUUACAUCAAAAUCCUCCUGCGGCUGAACAGCACUCAUCUCUACGUGUGUGGCACUUACGCCUUCAGCCCAAUCUGCGCCUACAUAAACACGUCAACGUUCACGCUGGAGAGAGACGAAGUGGGCGAGGUCGUGAUGGAGGACGGGCGCAGCCGCUGCCCCUUUAAUCCAGAGUACAAAUCCACCGCCAUCAUUGUUGAUGGUGAGUUGUACACCGGUACUGUCAGCAACUUCCAAGGGAACGAGCCUGUCAUUUACAAGAGUUUGGGCCAGGGAACCGCUCUGAAGACGGAGAACUCUUUAAAAUGGCUGCAAGAUCCCGUCUUUGUCGGGUCGGCUUACAUUGAGGAGAGUCAGCCGGUAGGCAACCCCGUAGGAGACGACGACAAGAUUUACUUCUUCUUCAGCGAGGCGGGGAAGGAAUUCGACUUCUUUGACAACACCAUUGUGUCGCGGAUUGCUCGCGUGUGUAAGGGUGAUAGAGGCGGCGAGCGUGUGCUGCAGAAGAAAUGGACGACCUUCCUGAAGGCCCAGCUCCUCUGCUCCCUCCCGGACGACGGCUUCCCCUUCAACAUCAUCCAGGACAUGUUUGUCCUGAAGCCCAUGGGAGACAGCUGGGAGAGCACCGUCUUCUAUGGCGUCUUCACCUCCCAGUGGUAUAAAGGAGCAUCAGGCAGCUCGGCAGUGUGUGCUUUCACCAUGGCCCAGGUGGAGAGAGCCUUCAGCGGGCGCUACCGAGAGGUCAACAGGGAGACGCAGCAGUGGUACACCUACAACCAUCCAGUGCCAGAACCACGGCCCGGGGCGUGUGUAACCAACCACGCCAGGCAAAUGGGUAUCCAGUCGUCCUUGCACAUGCCCGACAAAGUACUAAACUUCGUCAAGGACCAUUUCCUGAUGGACAGUGUGAUCCGCAGCGCCCCCCUGCUGCUGAAACGCAACGUCCGCUACACACAGAUCGCCGUGCACAAGAUCCAAGGCAUGGAGAGGGCCUACGACGUGCUCUUCAUCGGAACAGAUGAUGGAAAGCUCCAUAAAGCCAUCAAUGCCAACGAUAAAAUGCACAUCAUCGAGGAGAUGAUUCUGUUUCCUGAGCCUCAGCCUGUGCAACACAUCGAACUCGAUCCUCAGAGGGGUCUGUUGUUUGUGUCGUCAAACUCUGGGCUGGUGGAGGUUCCUGUGGCAAACUGCUCCAACUACCUGAGCUGUGGAGAGUGUGUGUUGUCCCGAGACCCAUACUGCGCCUGGACCGGGCGGCUGUGCCGGGACGUCAGGAUGGCUCCACCUGACAGUCACUGGCAGCAGGAUGUGGAGGAGGCGGACACAUCAGCAAUCUGUAACCGGACGAUCCCCAGCGCCAGAGCUGCCCGACCAGCCGCUUCUCGUGGCUCCCAAUGCAAGCUCAUCACACUCCCAAUCAACACUUUCAAAGUCCUGCCCUGUAAGUCGCGGUCCAACCUGGCGCAGAGGAGGUGGAGCUACAGUGACGCGGCCAGCCAGUUCCUGUACGCCACUCCAGAGGGAAACCUGGUGGUGGUGGCGCAGGCCGACAGGGUGGAGACCUACGAGUGCUGGUCCGAAGAGGAGGGUUUCCGCCAGCUGUUGGCCAACUACUGUGUGAGGGCGGAGCCUCGCCAGGAGAGCACCACUCUGAUUGGUCACUCGCGCACCCCGCACAUUGAGCGAGAGGAGAGCAUCAUCCUGCCGGGCGAGGCUCGCUCGGGGCAGGUCCUCCACACCAAGACGUACUGGAACGAGCUGAUCGUGGUGUGCGCCCUGCUGGCCUUCUCCCUCGUGGUCUUCUCCCUGUUCGUCAUCUACAGGAACCGAGAUCACAUGAAGUCCAUGCUGAAGCAAGGCGAGUGCCCUAACAUGCAGCAGAAGAAGCCGAGGAUUGUGGGAAAGCCCGCUGAGAGCUUACCCCUAAACGGUAGCACCAUCCCCGUUUCCACUUCUGAUCACAAGGGCUACCAGACGUUAAACGACAACUACAUCUGCAGCACGCCCACGCACGAGUCCUCGCCCGAUAACAGCAAGAGCUUCUCCGAGGCCUCCGACAGGCGGCCGCUCAAUGUGAAGGAGAGCCACGUGGAGUAUUCCCCGACCUGCCCCCGGCCCAGAGUGAGGCUAGGCUCCGAGAUCAAAGACUCUAUCGUAUGAGAGCACAGUGUUCGCUAAAAAAAAGUUGCCCCCCUGUAUCUCCAUGAGGGAUACAGGCCGCCGAGCAAAGGAGAGGAGACCCUGACAUCCCUCUACAUCACAGCACAUCCUUUAUUUUAGUCAUCUUUUGUUCUGUGAUCAAUGCGGAGGUCAUUUCUUUAACCAUUUCCACUCCCAAGCCAGAGGUUGGUCUGGUGCGAUGCAUAAGGCAGGCCCAGGAUCAACAGUCAUGGCAGCUGCUCAGAAUAUAACUCUUUGUCAUUCUCACGGCCACUGAUGUGUGUGAGGCUGGGCAAUACGAGGAAGAAAAACACCAGAGUAACUAGAAGACCUUCUUCUGAUAUCAAUAUUUAUCACCAUAUUACUUAAGGUAUGCAAGAUCCAACAUUAAAAUGUCUACUUAAUGUCAAUUAAAUGACAUUAUAAAAUAAUUUAUGAAUAUUGAUAGGUUUCCCAGCCUUAUUUAAGUACCUGUAACCUAACACAUGCUCUGCAGAAGAUGUACUUCUGUUAUUAUGCACACUAGAACCAAGCUACAGCUACAUGGUCACCAAGAGUUCAGGUUUAGGAGAAUAUAUCAUUUUUUGCAUAUUCAUUUAUGAUCCAUCGUUAUGGAAGUCAAGAGCACAUGUGUUCCCUUUUUGCUGAAUAAAUGCCAUGAGUGUAUGAGGAUCAAGAUGAUGAGAGAUGAGGCUGAUCAGGAGAAGACGCCACAUGCUCUUGGAAAAAACAUUAAAAGGACUAUAACUAAAAGAAAGAUGAUCAUAAGUUAUGCUCCAGGGCCUAAAUACUGACAUUUACCUCCUGAAUGUAUGUUGUUGUUGUUGUUGUUGUUCAAAGGAUCAUUUACACAUCACCCCACCAUGGACGAUUAGGGACCCUGUUGCUCUACAUCUCUGAGGCAGCCAUGUUCUUCAGUAUUAACCUGCAGGUACCAUGAUGGGCUCUUAAAAUAAAUAUGGAAAAGAGACCUGACAUUGUUACGUCAGUCAAGGCGGACUUUACAAGCACAGAGAGCCAAGAAAAGAAAAAAAGGAACGUCCACAACCCCUCCAUCUUCAGGGCAGCAGCAAAAUCAUCAUGUGCACUGUGCCAAAAAAAACAACUUGAUUGUCUUAUCUAAUGCAAUAGUGCCAUUCUGUUAUGACCACUCCAUGCUUUGCGUUAGCAUUGAUCACUGUCGAAGAGCACAUGGUGGAGGAACCAGAAGUGGGUUUCACAAAAGUGGCACUAAUAAUAAACAAAUGUGAAGUGCACAGAUGGACAUUUCUCGAAGACUGUUAGCUCAUGACGAACUUUUCAGACUGUGUUGAGCAAAAAUAAUUGACGUUCAUGGAGAAUCUGAACUGGGGCCAAAGGAGGAAGGUUUCUUCAUGUGAACACUUGUCUCGCGGUUGUCAGGUGAGAAAAUAUUCCAGUUUUUCCUUUAGCUACCCUUAAAGGACUUAUUUGCCUUCUUACUAUACACUGAAACAUACAGGUACAACUAGUUUGACGAGCGCUAAAAACACAAACUGUUCAUCUAAGCGCCAAUAACUCAAAAUGAACAACUAUUAAUAACUGUCUCUGUAGUGUAGGGAUGAUAUUUCAUGUUAUCUUUUCCACACUGCAGCUGCACUAUGUAGUGAUGUAGUUGCACAGAGCGCUGUAUAGGCUCAAUAUAACCCCCCCCCCGCCUCCCCAGCAGGUUACAUUUCUAACAUACAUGGCGUUCCCCGCACUCAGUCAGAUGUCAUUGCGAUGGUAAUGUGAAAGCACAAGUAAUCAGGGUCUUGAAUACCUACAGGUUUGCACAUGUCAAUAAAAUCAGAGCGUACUCUACUGAGAGACAUGAGGUGUAGCUGCUGAGGAAAAUGAUUUGUAGAAAUCACAGGGACCAGUGCAGCCAUGACGAACACAUUGCACCCACAUAGCUUGGACUUUUGAGACUUAACAAGCAGAAUUUCCCAAAGAUGUAGGAUGCUGAUUGUGUUGUGUAAAUCUGAAAGAGAAACAUUUACACGGCCAUAGAGACGAUAUGGCACCACAUGUCUUAGAAUACAUCGCCAAUUCACUGUAUUGAUCAAGUAAGCCUACAGUAUAUAUUCCAGUAUCAAACAGAAUAAACCUUUUUGCUAUGAACAACACUGAGCAGAUGACGAAGUGUUAUGUAACUGCUACAAGUUGACAAAGUAAUUGCACAGCAUACUGCGCAACAGUGGUCAGUGUUUCCUUUUUCGUUCGAUUUUGUUGUGUAUAUACAGUAUCUGUGCUUAAUAUUGUGUGUUUUUCAAGGGACCUUGUGCAAGAUGUGUUGUAGAGAUAGUCUUUAAACUAGAGAGUGAACACUGCUGAUAUUUUGUUUUCAUAGUGCUUUACUGCCUACUUCAGCAAACAUUUCCAAUCUUGCACACAAGACAGUACAUUUCUUACCAUGCUGUUAGAUCAGCACUUGGGCUGGUUUUCAUCAAGCAUGUCAAAGCAGGAGGAGUAUCUGUUGUUUAUAUUUGUCAAACUCAAUUAGAGGUGCAGUGUGAUGUAGUAGGAUGAGCAUUCACUUUUUUGCUGAGAGUCAGAUGAGAAGAUAGAUGCUAACCUUAGCUUAACUUAGCAUACAGAAUGAAAAUGAGGAAAAGGGCUACCAUGGCUCUGUCCAAAAGUAAAAAAAAACUGUUAAGUAACACCCAGACGUUGUGUUGAGGUUGCCAGAAAACCUCAACACAACGUCACUCCUCACGGCCAGGAACUAGCCCGGCAGAUAACUCUCUGUAAAACCUCAAUGCCCCACUUUCUCACAGUUUUUUUGCAGUGACAAACACAAGGUACAUUUUAGAGUGGCUGGUAUGCACAUUUUGCCUCGUUGAACAUCAUUUCCUCAAUGUUCUAGUCUUUGCGCUGAGCCUGUUGGCUUAUAUUCACCAUAAAGACAUCAAUUGUGUUUCUUCUCAUCUUACUCUUUGCAAAACAAACUAAUGCAUGUAUUUCUCAAACAUUCUACCUUCGAUUUAAUCUUUUUAGCUGUGGCUAACCAAAUAAACAAGAGUAAAGCCUUUUCCAACAGAUGCAUAACAAUAAUAUCAGCCUCUAAGAGCCUUGGCCCAGAGCAUUGUUUGACAUCACUGCUAAAUCAGAUUUUCUGAACUGUAUAACAUUUCUCUGGAGACAGAAAACCCUGCUUUCAGAUGCUUGGUGGAUAACCUCACUGCAUAUUUUCAAAAUGCCUUUAGAUGAAGUUGCUCUGCCUUUAGCCACGUGCCACAUCGAGCUCUACCCAGCAGUGACCUCACCACCGGAGAUGUGGUGAAGGCCGUGAUUGUAGCCCUCCGUGGGCACACUUAACUCAACAACACUACACGGGUCAACAGUAGAUUUUACAUGCCACCAUUACCUGCAAACUAUAGGACCUGGAGCCGCUCAAAAUGUUGUACUAUUCUGCGCAUUGUGUCAGACGUUAUACUGUGCAUAUAGGAAACAUCUUUCUGUAGAGGUCAAUAUUUAAGAAUUAUACUAUUUGACCUAAUGCCAAAAAAGUAAAUAAUGUGUCAUGAAUGCAUAUUUAUUAAUGACAAGCUUUUCACAAAAAAAGUCAAUAAUAACCUGGUGAAUGAUGCUUCAUUUUGAGUGGCUCCUCAGUAAUGCAACAUACUGUACAGGACAUGAAUGUAGCCAACUAUAACAUGUUUUGUAGAGCAUCUACAGCGGUGUAUUUUCCUAGGAAGGCCGCUUCAGUAGGCAAUCCAUUGCAACACCAUAUUAGGAUUUUGUUCAAACGGUCAUACUACAAUGAAACGGCACAAUAGAAGUAAUUAAUCAUUUGUGCUGCACGAUGUUGUGCUGCAGUAAGAUGCAAGCACAGCUCCAAAUCCUCCGUAUCGGCUCAGCCAUGAGACACAGCGGCGCUUUGCCUCAGCGUACUGAACAACAUAAGCUUAGUUGACUGAAUAACUAUUAGACAAAUGUGGUCUUGCCUGCAUGAUUUCCUUUUUUAUUUGUUGUGUACAAAUAACAUUGUGAACUGUAUUUUUUGUAUCAUUGAGAUUGUGACUGUUGUUUUUAUUAUAUUGUACAUAAAAAGCACUUUAUUUUAAUUUUUUAAGAUAAAUGAAUAAAAUACAUGUUUUGAAAAAAGUGUGAGUGUAUUUUAAUUUGUAGU